AUGGAGAUCCCCGGUGAGGGCAACAAAGCCAAGGCGGACCGCCUCCACGAGGCAAUGGCCGCCUUGGCCCCAGAACUGGGAGUGCGAGUUACGAGACCCGUAAAAACGUGCGAGUUGCGCAUACGGGGCCUCGAUGACUCUAUCACCUCCGAGGAGAUAGAGGAGGCUGUGGUGGCCAUUGGAGCCCGCUCAGGACAUGCAAAGCAUUCCUUGAGUCUGAUAAUUCAGAACAGAGAGACUUCGAUCUUUAGAAGCCCAAUCCUGCAAGGCAAGCAAGAAUCUAGAAGCGGCAAAACUCUAUUGGGAGUUAGGGGAAUCACUAGGGUCAAACAGCUCAACUUAGGUCAGUGGUGUUGCCUGAGGGCAAGUGCGCAGGCCGCUCCGUGGUUCUCCGUGGGUACGGAUCUCUGCUCCACGAGAGUCUGA